AUGUCGACGUCAGCUCCCCGGAUCCUGAUAUAUUUACUCCGGCGAGAUCUGCGCCUCGCCGACAACCCAGUAUUACACCAUCUGGCCGCUUCUAAUUCUCCGCAAUUUACCCAUGUCUUACCCUUGUACGUCCUCCCAGCGAACCAGGUCGAAAUCUCCGGUUUCUUGAAGCCUGCCGCGAAAAGCCCGUAUCCAGAAGCCCGCAGCCAGGUCGCUGGUUUUUGGAGAUGUGGCACCCACCGCGCCAAGUUCCUAGCCGAGAGCGUGUGGGAUUUGAAAGAAUCCCUAGGAAAGAUCGGUAGCGGCCUUGUAAUCAGAGUCGGCAUGGUGGGUGACGUGCUACAAGACCUGCUGGCAAAGUAUGGGAGCAGCGAGGGCACGCCAAGUGGAAGGAUAUCAGCAAUCUGGAUGACGGCAGAAGAGGGAGUCGAGGAGAAAAGAGAGCAGCGCGAUGCCAGAAACGUUGCCGAGGCCAAUGGCGUCGAAUUCAAGCUCUGGCGCGACGAGAAGUUCUUCAUCGACGACCGAGACCUGCCUUUCACAGAUAUCAAGGACCUUGCCGACGUCUAUACCACAUUCCGUAAAUCGCUAGAACCGCUUCGUUCUCGACCACGAGCGACGUUGCCUGUUCCCUCGUCUCUGCCACCGCUUCCUCCCGCCGAAUCCAUCCCUCCACAGGCCGACCCUUUUACGUCACCUGAAUCCCUUUCUUCAAUGAUUGACUCAUUGCACAAGCCUCUACGCCCGUCCAUGGACGUCGAAGAGCCGCCAAAAUGGCCCUCAGGGGCAAAGUCAGGGCACCCAUUUUCCGGAGGAGAGUUUUCAGCUCGGAAACGACUGUCGCACCUGAUUUCUUCUGGAGCCAUGGCUGAUUACAAAGACACGCGAAACGGGCUUCUUGGAGAGGACUACAGUACCAAACUAUCGGCUUGGCUCGCACUAGGAUGCGUAACCGCUCGCCAAGUCCACGCAUCGCUGGUAGCCUACGAAGACGGAAAUUCCGACGUACCAGACGCUUGGAAAGCCGCACCGGGUUUUGGCAAGGGAGAGAACCCCGGUACGGCCGCAGUGCGCUUCGAGCUGCUCUGGCGUGACUACAUGCGCCUCUGCACCCGCAAGUUCGGACCAAGGCUGUUCCACGUCGAUGGCUUCCGCUCGGACGAAGCGUCGGAAAAUUCGGACGGCAAGAGGAAAUGGCGUUUUCUCGACCGCAGCGGCGGCGCCGGCGACGACCCUGCGAAGACGCGCCAGGUUGUCGAACGCUUUCGCUCUGGACGCACCGGCAUUGGUCUCAUAGACGCCUCUCAGCGCGAACUGUUCCUUACCGGCUAUACGUCUAACCGUGCGAGGCAGAAUGUUGCCUCGUUCCUCUCGUCGCACUUGGGCAUUGAUUGGCGUGUCGGAGCCGAAUGGUACGAAUGCAUGCUCACCGAUUACGACCUGAGCAACAACUGGGGGAACUGGCAGUAUGUGGCGGGUGUCGGAAAUGAUCCCCGCCAAGGUCGCAAGUUCAAUCCUGUUAAACAAGCUCUUGAUUACGAUAAAGGCGGAGAGUACAUCAAAACGUGGGUUGAAGAACUCCGCGAUGUGGACGUGGAUGGCGCGCAGGAUGGAGGACGGAAGGGAGAGGAGAUGCUGAUGGGCUUGUUCCAGGCAUGGCGACUGCCGGAGAAGGAGAAGGAACGAUUGAGCCUGAAGGGUGUCGAAUGGGUGGAAAAGCCUUUGAUACGAAUCCCAUUCGCCGUUGGUAACAAGGCUGGAGGCGGAUUUGGCGGAGAUAAUAGAAGACCUAGUGGACGUGGGAGAGGAUAUCGAGGACGGGGAAGAGGUGGUGGAAGGGCAAAACGGCUCGGAGAGGUGGACAGGGCGGCGAAGCAAGGGCUGCUGGAGGAAGGAGAGUCCUCCGUACCGGCUUCAUAA